AUGUUGUUGGAAGAACUGUUCUAUUUUUGCAUCUGCAACCAGCUGCUGCUGCUCAAGAUUUGCUCUCCUUUUCCAAUGCAUGUAGUACAGCAUGAAGUGGCAGGCUGGAAGAAGUCCAAAGCCAGUUUCCGUCGGAUGAGAAUUCAUAGCAUCAUUGUGAGAUGGAGUCGAUUCAAGCAUCACAUGUUGGAAAUACUGCACCAUAGUGACAUAAGGGGCAUCGCAUUCAGGAAACCUAAUGAUUCUAUAUACACCUUCCCAAUGCCUGAUUGCAUAUGCCAACAAGAUGGAAUAUGA